AUCAACAUAUUACUGCCAAAACUCAUAAUUAUUAUGCAAAAAAUUAACAACUAGUCUUAUUCAACAAUUAUUGUACUUCGAUCCUCUGAAAUUAAAAUUAAUGAAUUCGCGUUAAGCAGUGUCAUACGAUAUGUAUAUUAUGUUUUCGGGGAAUAUUUUGCAGGAACCCGUUGGUAAUUUUGAAAAAUGCGCUCACCUUGACUGUCAGCUGUAUUAUUUGUGCUUUGUUAUUAGUUAUAUCGAUUUGAGCAGGCAAGAAAACGUCAGUUACAAAGUGAGCGAGACUGGUUUAGGUUAUGCGGUUUAUGGUCAAGUGCAUAUUCAUUUUCUUUCAUUUUUUUAUUUGCCAGUCGAUGUAUUAGUGUACCGCACAAGUAUCGAAAAUCAAUUAAAAAAAUCUGUGUUAUUUGCCAGUUUUGUUUUUGUUUUAAAUCAAUUCGUUCGCUGAGCUUAAAAUGGUUUGUGAUAUUUUGCGCAAAAAUGUUUUUCAAAAAUUUACUUAUGGUGUAGUAACAACGACCGAAGCGUUUUUUUACAGGCUUGGUAUUGCCAUUGCUAAACAACCAAUAAAAACUAUCAUAAUCUGCUGGAUAGCUGUGUUCCUUAGCUCGUUUGGGUUCCUGAGAUUUCAUCAAGAGAAGAACCCUUUAAAAUUAUGGGUACCGCCACAUACCACUUUUAUCAGGGAUUCUGAAUGGUUGAUGAAGACGUUCCAGAGAGGUUUCAGCGACGAGGCAGUCAUAUUAGUGGACGAUGAUGUCCUAACACCAAAAGUUAUAUCGAAACUAGCUGAUAUUCAUAAUCAAAUAAUGUCUUCCAAAUCUGAAAAUAAUAUAACAAUGAAUGAUGUGUGCUUUAGGAUUCCUAGAGUAGAUAGAACUUUACUGAAGCUAUUAAUGACAGAUAGUGAAUAUGAAACUGACCCGAGUAUACAGAUGAGCCCAGCUCUAUAUUGUAGCUUUAUAGAAGCUAUGAAAAGCCAGUGCUAUACAAAAAGUAUUCUGGAGUUAUGGGACUACAAUAUGACGAAAAUAGCAGCUCUUACCAAAGACGAUAUUGUAAAUGCUGUAAAUACUUAUGACAAAAAUUUAAUAUUUGGUAAAUUGAAAAGUUAUGAAGAGCUACUGGGUGGAAUAGUAAGAAAUGAAACGGGACAUAUCAUUAAAGCUGCAGCUAUUCAGAACUAUUGGUUACUGUUGGUCAAUUUUUCUUCAGUUGACAUGGACAAGGCUGGUAAUAUGGCCGGAACUGGAGAAUGGGCCUCCGAAGAGGCCUUAGAAUGGGAAAUUAUCUUUCUAGAUUUAAUGGCAAAUAUUUCAAAGACUCUGGAUGGAUUUUACUACUUUGCUGGAAGAAGUUUUGGCGAUAUCAGUAACAAUUCGAUGUUCCAAGACAUAGAUAAGUUAUGCUUAGGUGUAUUUAUUAUGGUGCUAUACGUCCAGUUUGUCAUAUCAAAAUUUAAUUGGCUGGAGGCAAGGAUUGUUUUAGGUUCGGCUGGUCUCAUGGUUAUAUUAAUGGGUUUCAUCGUCGGAGCCGGAUUGUGUUCACUUUUUGGGGUAUUCUAUGGACCAGUACAUCUGUCCUUGCCAUUUUUAUUAAUGGGUUUAGGUGUUGAUGAUAUGUUGGUUAUCAUGAGUUGCUGGGAUGAACUGACGCAGGAAGAGAAACGACUGCCAAUGCACGAACGCAUAGGAUUAAUGUUAAAACACGGUGGUGUUUCCAUCACAAUCACAUCAUUCACCGACGUUAUAGCUUUUAUUAUAGGCUCUUCGACGAUACUUCCCUGUCUCGAGUCCUUUUGUAUCUACGCUGCUGUUGGAGUAUUCAUGACGUUCGUUUUUGCGUUGACUUUCUUCACAGCUUGCUUCGUAUUGGACCAGAAGAGAUUCGAGGACAACCGAAAUGGUAUCAUCCCCUGUAUUUCCCACGAAAAUUACAAACCGAACCAGUGCAGCCAGAGCAACAUAACAAACAGAGUCAUAGCAACGAUAUACUCGAAAGUAAUUUUAACAAAGCCGGGAAAGAUCUUUGUGGUACUGAUUACCCUCGUAUGUCUCGGAUUCAGUACCGAGAGCGCCUUGAAACUGGAGCAACGAUUCGACCCUAAAUGGUUCUUACCUAAAGGUACCCAUCUGGUCGAUUUCUUGGCAGCCAAGGAACAGUAUUACCCUGACGCCGGCUGGGAUGUUUCAAUGUACAUGGGCGCUUUAGAAUAUAAUCAAGAAUUGAUACGUAUAAAGGACGCGGUAGACAAACUGGAAAAUAUGACAGGGUUUGUGAGCAACGUCAUGUCUUGGGUAGAUCCGUUCAGGACCUUUGUUUUAGUCAAUUUUAAACAUGACAUUUACAAAGAAGACUUGGACGAAGGCAGAUUUAGUGUAUUUUUAUCAAAAUUCUUGCACAGUCCGAGAUACGCGAAAUAUCAAGGAAACUUCGUUUUUGAAACUGAUUUAGAAUGUGGAGCGCCCAUCCCAAAAAUUAAAAUGUCCAGCAUAGAUUUCAAUAUGAAAAGAUUUUCCGAUCCGAGAGAUCAUAUUAAGCCGAUGCACCAGAUACAAGAUGUAGCGGAAAAUGCUAAUUUCACGACAGGCGAUAGGUUUGCCACUACUUGGUCGAAAUUUUUCGCAAUGUGGAUUACAGACGAGUUAAUUGAUGUUGAAGUAAUGAGAAAUUUAGAGCUAGCUCUGAUUUGCGUAAUGGCUUGUACAAUCCUACUGAUCGCAGACUGGCAAAUUUGUUUUUGGAUAUUUGUUUGCGUUUUAAUUACUAUGAUCAACGUUUGCGGAUUUAUGCAGAGAUGGGGUCUCACAAUAGACUUGGUUUCCUGCAUAGGCUUAGAAUUGGCAAUAGGUCUAUGUGUGGAUUACGCUACUCAUAUUGGGCAUACAUUUCUGACAGUACACGAGGGAUCCAGACAUGAGAGAACUAUGCGAACGGUAACCUCUAUCGGAUCUGCUGUUUUAUAUGGAGGUCUCUCGACAUUUAUUGGAAUUUGUAUGAUGAGCCAGUCUGAUGCCUAUACGUUUCAGUCCUUCUUUAAGAUAUUCUUGCUUGUCAUUAUAUUUGGUCUAUUUCACGGGACUAUAUUUUUACCCGUAAUGUUAAGCUGGAUUGGACCAAGACCUUACCAGACAAAAUCGAAACCAAUACCUCAAGACGACGUAAUAGAGAACUGUACUGAAUUGACAUAGUAUUAGGAUAAUUUAUUUUGUUAGUUUACCAAAAAUUAAAUUAUUUUUUCAUU